AUGAGUGAUCUUUAUCAAGUCACUCAAAGGAAUAACGAAUCUUUGAAAGAAUUUCUUAACAGGUUUACAAAAGAAUCUCUACAGAUUCCAAAAUUAGAUAUGAAUACUGUCAUUCAAGCCUUGAAGAUGGGGUUAAGCAAAGAUUCUCCAUAUUAUCAAGAUCUUGUUAUGACGCCUUGCAGGUCACUAGAUGAAGCAAGGAAUCGUGCUUUAAGGUUCAUCGGAUUGGAAGAAGACGAAUUGCUGAGAAAAAGAAUGGAAACGCCAUCAACAUAUGAUCGUCCAAAUAGAAGAACAGAAACUCCUGUGUUCCGACCAAGCAAAAACAAGCCAUAUACAAGAGUUGUGCAACAAAGGACAAUCGAAAACCCUGGAAAUCCUCAAUAUCCUGAAUUAUCUGAAUAUUGUUUUUUCGUUAAUGUUGCAGGAAUCGUAGAAGCAAUGAAGAAUCUUGGGGACAAAGUCAGAUGGCCUCCUAAGAAGCCUAAGAAUGAUGCAAACAAAGAUAAGUCAAGAUGGUGUGCCUAUCAUGAAGAUUUUGGGCAUACUACUGAAGAAUGUUUUGCUUUCAGGAGAGAAAUUGGGAUACUUCUUGGCAAAGGAUAUCUGAUAGAAUUAUUCAGCAAAACGAAAGCUCAGGAUGUUGACGUUAAGGAUUUGGGCAAGCAGAGUCAACAACAGCCACCUAGGCCCAAAUCACCUCCAACUAAUGCUGGAAUUAUUAAUUAUAUUUCAGGUGGAUCGGAAGUGUGUGGUACAUCCUAUUCAGUAGCAAAAAGGAAUGCAAAGGAGGCUAAGUUAGAAAAAGAAGAAUAG